CCNCCCCCGCCAUGGCCAGCAACGUGACCAACAAGACGGACCCGCGCUCGCUCAACUCGCGGGUGUUCAUCGGCAACCUCAACACGCUGGUGGUGAAGAAGAGCGACGUGGAGGCCAUCUUCGCCAAGUACGGCAAGAUCGUGGGCUGCUCGGUGCACAAGGGCUUCGCCUUCGUGCAGUACGUCAACGAGCGCAACGCGCGCGCCGCCGUGGCCGGCGAGGACGGCCGCAUGAUCGCCGGCCAGGUGCUAGACAUCAACCUGGCGGCCGAGCCGAAGGUGAACCGGGGCAAGGCGGGGGUGAAGCGCUCGGCGGCCGAGAUGUACGGGUCGUCGUUCGACCUGGACUACGACUUCCAGCGGGACUACUAUGACCGGUACCAGUAUAAACCAGUCCGCCAUUUCCCCCCCGCUACCUCUCCCUGCGAUCGGAAACGUUCGCCGGCCCCUCACAGACUGAACCGCUCCCGCCUUCGCCCGCCAGACCCCAUCAGCAAAGCCACGCCCCCCCGCGCUCCUACUGGCCAUCACUUUACCGCCCUCCGAUCCUAUUGGCCGCUGGGCUGCCACUCAUGCAGGAGAGCUGCGGUUAUGCAAUACGAGUGGGCGUGGCUCAUGGCUGAUUGA